AGACCCCGCCUGCUCAGCCUCUUCCGGGACUGAAUUGAUCAUCAGAAUAUAACAACAACAAAGUACAGUUGAAAUCGCACUUUCUGUAUCGUUUUUGCAUCGGAAGAUAAACGUGCGUGUUUUUGAGCGAAAAUGCAAAAUAAGGAUCUGUUGUACCCGAGUCUUUCCAAGGAGAGGAGUAGGCACAAGAAGAAGAGGCUGGUGCAGAGUCCCAACUCCUACUUCAUGGAUGUUAAAUGCACAGGAUGUUACAAGAUCACCACCAUCUUCAGCCAUGCUCAGACAGUGGUACCUUGUGGAGGCUGCUCUUUAAUCCUCUGUCAACCAGCAGGGGGGAAAUGCAGACUAACUGAAGGCUGUGCCUUCAGAAAGAAAUAUUCCUGAACAGAAAAUGUGCAAAAUAGCCAUGACAGGCAGCUGGAAGAAUGGACUAGAGAAAUUCCUCUGUAUCUUGAUAAUGUGGCGUGAAAUGUCACCCCUCUCCUGCUGUGGUGUUUCAUACAAUAGAGCAGGAGAGGAGCUAUGCAAGCUCACGAUAAACUUAAAUCAUAGACAUGCCAUAUGGUUAGAAUGAAUUGUAUGUAUAUCAGAUUGAUAUGAUGAAGCACUUCUAUGUAGAGUAGUUUUGACUACUUCUAUUAAUAAGAAAAACAUUGUUUGAAUCCUUCAAAAUGCACACAAAUUCCAAUGAGUCAUGAUUUCUGUAAAACAUUUAUUAAGUUGACAUGGGGGGGUGAUGGUGAACAAAAUAUUUCAAAAUGGCCUCGGCCAUGUGUGAGGCGCUUUUCAUGAGAUGAAUCCAUGAUUUCCAUCACAAACAAAAAUAAAACAUUUUAAAGAAUUUAUUGUCUGUGUUAUGUGUGUUCUUUGGUCUUGAGAGUUCCCCUGGCAAAAUAAGAAGAAGUGGUGUAAAAUAAAACAAAACCAAAAAUAAUCAAAGCAAUACAAUUUCUCAAAUACCUAACAUUACUCUACUAUAUACAAUAAGUAUCCGUGGUUGAUAAGCUUGACUUGAGCUACCAGUGGUUUGGGGUUCAGCUCGGACAUGUAAUACAAUAUAUAUUGUAAAUCUAGUAAAUAUUGGCUACAUUAUGGCACAUAGUUGGCAAUUAUGAUGAAUGUGUCAAUGGGCAGGUCAAGCUUAGGGAAAGGUAGUACAGUUAAGAAAUGCAAGACACUGCUAGAUACUGUACAUACACAGCUCUCAGGUUCUGCACAGAUUCCCACACAACAAAAUGGAGUAAAAAAACUUUUGAUGCAAAUAAGUACUCCAGGCACCUUCAACACGUAGGCCUCAGGAUAAUAGGGGAAUGGCAAAAGAGGCAAUAUUGCUAAUAAAAUGUUGGGAAGCCCAGAGAGACUUGGCAGCAUGAGCCUUGACCUGUUUAUUUAUCAAUGAAACCUUUCCAUAAGUCACCUGUCCAUUUCACCUUCAUGCUCUUUAAACACAACAAGAUUAAGUAGGAUACUGCUAAGACAGGAACACAUUAGCCAAAUGUCUGGUAACUUGUAGCCUCUUAAGGUGGUACAGCCUUACUGUUGACUAACAUCGUUUCACCACUGGGUGGCACUUCAGAGCCAAAAUGUAGCCGCAGCAAAACCCAACACCAUCUGUAGCAUAUGUACUAAAAUAAUAAGUCAGAGGCUUAAUGUAUGUGCACAUAAAAUGUAAAAUUGAGCCAGUUUAAGUGGUUCAGGCAGUGACCAAAUCUGAGGUUUCUUUGGGUGUGUUAGUUGCCGGUUCUUUUCUAAAUAAGUGGUCAAAAAUAAUUUCUGGGGAGAAUUUCUUCAAUCACAGCUGGGGAUAAAAAAAGAAGCAAUGGGGGUCAAAUUACUUCGCAUCCUAAAAAAAAAAAGAAA